UUUCUCUUCAAAGGAAUUGAGGACUCGCACGUGUACUGCCCCGGCUCGUCCAAUUUCGCUCACGGAGGCCUUUGGAUCGUUGAUCUGACAGGCCGAGCUGUGGAUGGGAGAAAUCACCAUCCCGUCUUCGUCUUUUUCCUAAAUUAGUGCGGUAUUUUCAUUGUAACCGUCUGAUUUUGGCUGGAAGGAGUUGGAAACCAUCACAUCAAUGGUCUGGAUCACCAAACUAUGAAAGCUUUGUACAUACAACCGCAUCAGCAUAGAACCGACAGCCCGUCUCACUUCGGCUCUGUUACCUAGCUUUAUGUGAAAGCUUUUUUCCUCUGAAAGACACGUCCUCAUCUUCUCGUCAUGGAAUCGAAGGCUAACGUGCGCAGGGAGGCGAAGGAUAACGUAGAGCUGCUCCAUCUCGCGAUCCAGCAGCUUAUUGAGGAGAAGGGAGAAGAAGGGAGGGAGAACGCGAGUGCCAGCGAAGAAGAACGCCGCAUCCUCCUCUCCAGAUUGCUUUCCCAGUUGGAGUCGUUGAAGGAAGAUGCGGUUGAUCAACCCGAACCUUCUACUGAAACAGAGGCAGUGACAUCAUCUGGUGCCUUAGAAGCUGAUCUGAAAGAUGAGAAUGGAGGUCCUGAAUGCGUCGAAAUGAGAAUGGAAGAUAUUGUGAGGGAGCUGAGAAUUGUUAGAAGGCAGAACACUAUCACACAUUGGCUGCUUUCAGUCCUGAUCACGGUCACUGCUAUUUGGCAAUUGUCUGAGGUCUCAAUUUUGAUGAUGAUGAAGAAUACAUUUAAGAACCCAUUUAAAGCGGUUGGAAAUUUGAUCACCGGGGCCCUUCGGGGCAGGUCAAAUGAAACCAAUGCGGGGAAAUCCUCUUCAUCUUCGAAGCAAACUCAUAUGGAAGCACUCUCACUCAACCCAUUCAAGGUGCCAGAGCUCCCUUAUGUUGGUUUUCCGUAUUUGGGUUUGGACAGUGAUGAUGAUUGAAAGAAAGAAAUAUUUGUGGAGUAUGUUCUUCAAGUUGUAAUUAGCAAUUAUCUUGUUGGAUUAUGAAUGUGAUGAAGGAUUAUUAUUGAAGAUUGUUGUAUGAGAUUGUGCAGUAUGUUCCCUCA